AUGGCCGGCCUCGUCAACGCCCCUAACCGCGUCCCUGAGAAGCAGCGCUUCUACCAGCAGGCCUACAAGAACCACACCCGCCUCUGGAAGAUCGGCCCUCGCAGCGGCAUCAUCAUUACCACCUUCAACAUUGCCAUGUGGGGUACCUUCGGCGCUUCCAUGUACGCCAUGUCCCGCAAGGUUCUCGGCUACAACACCUGGUUCCAGGAGGAUUAA